AUGUGUUAUGGCGACAGCAGUAAGGAUGCUGAAUGUCAAACUGGUGGUGCUAAUGAACUAGGCGAUAGGCACGGGCACGAUGUUGAUGGCAAUGAUGACGCUAACAUAGGCAAUGGUAAUGCUGACCACGAUGAUGAUAAUGAUGAAACCAAUGCUGGUUCUACUGUUGAAAAUGACGAUGACAGUGAUGAAGAUGGUGACAAUGGCUACAGAGGAUGUGUCAACCAUCACCACCCCCACCACCACUGUGCUCGUGACGAACAUAGUGAUGGUGGGGGUGGUGAUGGUAAUAAAGAUAGCAGUGGUGACAGAGCUGAUGUUAAAGACGAUGGUAUCCAUGGAAAGUUUAUCACGGAUAGCAAUUUUGAUAAUGAAGAUAAAAAUGAUGCUGCCGCUGAUGAUUACACUGUGACCAAAUCAAGCUCGUUACCUGUUGACAGCAUUGUACCAGGGAAAAGUAUUAAAGAUAUUAAAUUAGCUACCAAGGAAACAAAUUUUAGCCUACCAGUUAACACUGGCUUAGAUGACCAAGUCAAAUCUCGGACAAUCGUGAUUACAGCGGGGGACAACAAUGGUAACAAAAAGCCGCCGGGGGCUAGAGCGAAAACGUUGCUUACGAGUAAUGAGUACACUGCAAAGGUACUUACGACAAGUUAUCCACCAAGCCUAGGAUCGAAGACUUCGUCACUGAGGUUACCUCGAGUAAAUGGAGCGGAAUUAAAUUACUUUUACAACAGCAGAAUACCAUCCCUAGAUGCGACAGGUAUCAACCAAAAUUUCCUUGCGCGACAUACGACAGAUCCAAGUCUACAACAUGCCUCACAGCCUAGUGAUUAUAAACUAACAAGAGAAUUGACUCCACGUACGGAUUGGCCCGUAUGGAGUCUACCACCUCCUGUAAUGACUGAAACAAAUGAUUUGAGACAUCGAUGGCCUCAGUCAAGUGUACUGCACCCUUCCGUCGUCGGUUAUCAAACUGGGGGACAAAGUAACUGGAACGUCGAGUCAGCUGCAUUAAGGUUACCUAGAGUAAAAUCGCAUACGCCCGUGGUAUGUCCCAAGGCCACUGCAACAGUCAUGGAGUUGCAGCCUAGUGCGAGUGUAACAUCUGGGAGUGUACCUUCAUACAGCUAUCAAUCCAGUGUGUUGCCUGAAAACGGGCAAGAACGUUUCCUGGAGCCUUCCACACCCAGUUCGUUUACAGAAAACCAAGAACAUGUUCAUCCUGUGACUUCAUCUGAAAUAUCUCCUUUAAGGAGAGAGGAUCAGGGAAAUGGUGCUUUAGCAUUAUCACCUGCGUUCCCGGAUGACCCUUCACUUGCUGCACUGGAACGCAAGGUGGCGGAGGCAUGCGCAGUAGUUGAAAGGGUUAUGAAAGAACGCGAAGAAAGAACAAAAGCGCAGCGUGAGGCAGCG